AUGCCGUGCUGCUGCUCUGGCGGUCACCGCCUCAAGUACGCCACCCCAGGUCGGGCACCACCCGACCCACAACUCUUUCCUCACUACAUGCAAAAUGCGCAGAACCUGUGGUUGCACUUCAACGAGUGGUGGCCGCAUGGUGACGGUGGCAGCUGCCCGACCCCGCCAAUUAAAGGCGUCAUUUUUAUCGUGCCUGGCUUGGGCGAGCACACCGGCCGCUACGACUCCGUCGCGCUCCGACUCAACCAGGAGGGCUACGUUGUCUUUUCUAUGGACAAUCAAGGCACUGGUGGGAGCGAAGGGGAGCGGCUAUACGUUGAGCGCUUCACGCACUUCGUCGACGACGUCUGCGCGUUCAUUCUGUUCAUUCAGACACGGUACCCGGCCCUCAAGAGCCAGCCAACCUUUCUUAUGGGGCACUCGAUGGGGGGGCUCAUUGCCGUUCUGGUGGCGGAGAGGGAUGCAAGCGGCUUCCGCGGGGUCGUCCUGAGCGGCCCAGCUCUGGGGCUGUCGACGCCCGUCCCCCGUUUUAUGCGGUCGCUCGCGGGCUUUCUCUCAAAGUGGUUCCCGAAGGUGCCGGUGCGCAAGCUCAACCCCAAACUCGUCAGCUACAACACGCCUGUCGUGCAACUUGUGCAGCAGGACCCAUUUUACUCCAACGCGAUGCUUCGCGCGCGCUUCGUCGAUGAGAUGCUGAAUGCGCAGGAUCGCGCCGCCGAAGCCGCGUCAACGGCAAAGUUUCCUUUUCUUAUCGUCCACGGUGAGAAGGACGAGCUCUGCUCGUUAGAGAUGUCGAAGUGUUUCUUCGAGAACGCGCUGUCACUGGACAAGCAUCUGGCCUCCUACCACCGUGCCGGGCACGAAGUACUGACGGAGCUGUGCCGAGAUGAGGUGAUGGCAGACGUGAUGAAGUUCAUCAACGAGCGGGCGGGGUGA